UUAAAUCGGGAGGAGCCAAACUCCAGUUUAGUCCAGAAACGUGAAUGUUACAAGAGUGAGCGCUUUACAAUGAGUGUAAUGUGUGAAUGCUGCCAUUAGGCCGAAUUAUUAUUUAGGUUACACCAUAGACUGUAUAAAAAGGGUAACACAUGGAAGAUCGGGACGCUCGGCGUUGGAAGUAAACUGGCUCGUAGUGUUUGGAAACAGCUUGGACCACAAGAAGAAGCUCUCUUUUCCGUUAUCGGUUGUUAAAAUGGAGGGAUUUGAAGGAGCCAGCAGCAGCAGCGAGAGUGUUUUAGAUCUGUCCCGUCUGAAUCUGAACAAUAAUAGUUUGGACUCGCUCAGCGAGAAACGACGGAAAGACACGAAGCAGCUUUACCUGUGCUACAACCGCAUGACGGUUUUACCCGAGUCCAUCUCUUUAUUCUCGAACCUGGAGUUUCUCGACAUCAGCAACAACGCGUUGUCAGUCAUCAGCGAGGACAUCACCCGACUGACCAAACUCAAAACCCUCAUAGCCAAGAACAAUCGCUUGAAUGAUUCCUCUCUGCCCAAAGACUUUGGCUCUCUGCAGCUGGAAGUGUUGAAUUUGAGUGGGAACCGGUUUGAGGAGAUGCCGAGCCAGUGUCUGCAGCUGCUGCGGCUCCAGUCUCUGUCUCUGGGAGGAAACAGACUGAAGAGCAUCCCAGCAGAGAUCGAGAGUCUCGCCAGCUUAGAGCUGUUGUAUCUGGGUGGGAACCAGAUCUCCUCCAUCCCUGCUGAACUAGCUAACUUACCCAGCCUCUGUUACCUAGUUCUGUGUGAUAAUCGCAUCCAGAGCGUCCCACCUCAACUCAACAAGCUCCAUUCCCUGCGCUCUCUUAGUCUGCAUAAUAACCUGCUGACGUAUCUUCCGAGAGAGAUCCUGAGCCUGGUGCAUCUUCAGGAGCUCAGUCUCAGAGGCAAUCCCUUGGUCGUACGCUUCAUCAAGGACAUGACCUACGACCCCCCGUCACUGCUGGAGCUGGCUGGCCGGACCGUCAAGAGCAAGAACCUUGCAUACUCUCACAAAGACCUCCCGAGCCAUCUAGUCAACUACCUAGACAUGGCCAGCAAGUGUCCCAACCCCAAGUGUGCAGGCGUUUACUUCGACUCAUGCGUUCGUCACAUCAAGUUUGUGGAUUUCUGCGGGAAGUAUCGCCUGCCCUUGAUGCACUACCUGUGCUCCCCAGAAUGCACCUCUCCCUGCAGCUCCAACCCUCAGAGCGACGCAGACUCAGACGAAGACAACAGCGUGCCUGCCGAUCGCCUUCAGAGAGUGCUGCUGGGAUAACCUCGCUCACCCCGCGCACGUCGUCUCCUCUCUCUCACUUAUCAGGAAGAACUUUGAACUUUACAGCCAGCUGGCUUGAAAACCUCUCCGCUGAAGCCAAAUCUUAUUGCCAAGCGAUUGAGCAAGUGGCAUUCUGGGAAAGACAUCUGCAGAUAGUUUCUCAUACAAAGGCCUUGCUUUGCAAAGGCUAAAUCAAAAACACUGGUGGUUCAGAAUAGUUGUUAGUUAUAUUAACUAAGUUGCCUUUUUAUAUCACUCUAUUUAGCUCUUGCACUUUUAUAAUACAUAAUAGAAUCCACAGUUUAGGUACGUGUAUAUCGUUUGCUUGGCAAUAUGUUGCUUUGUCUCUCACUAUACAAAGAUUUACUGUGAAUUAAUUAAAAAUAAACAUUGAGAACACUUGGUUUUCUUCGUGUUUGUAACUGCGUGGCCUGCAGCGCUGUAAAACCAGGGCUACAUCUUCAAAAACAUGCAUUUAUGUCUGUAAAAGUUCUUGUUUUAUUUUAUAAUUUUCGGACACCCUGCGGUUUCAUUCAAAAACACGGGUAGUAUCUGAGAUAAAGAGUGACAAAGGUCACCAGUCACUUAGUUUUGAAGGUUAAUUCUUUAUUGUGCAUCAAUAUAAACUAUGUGAUGUUGUUACAGAGCCAGUGGACACAUUUACAAAGUGUUUCUGCCAUUUCUUUUUAAACUGAACUGUUUUCUUCUAACACUUCCUGUUUUAUAAACUCACUCACUUCCUUUAGUUUCUCCACAUGUGGCCGUGUACACUUUUUAGGCUUUACCAAUAUUGAUUAUGCAAAUAACUAAUGCAAUCGCAGAGUUUUAAAAUUAUCAAUAUUAUUAAACAUAUCUAAAUAAUCUUUUCUGAUAAUUUCUGUAUAUCAGUGACAAGAUCGAAUGUAUUUUAUUUAAGAUGAUGAAGGCAGAUUUGGAUUGCAUUCACUCUAAUGGUUUAUAAACAUGUAUUUGCACUUCUAAUGUAGAGUACUAUAAAUAAAUAAUAAUAAUAAUAA